AUUCUCGCGCGCGAAUCAGUUGCACUGCGCAUGCGUCACGCACAACCAAUGACGUUUCAAAUUUGAAUUUUCGAACGUUUUGUUUUUAUAUCGUGUUUUAUUUUUUUAAUAAUGUUUGUGAAGGUAAUAUCAUUUGGCGUGGUGUUCAGCCUGGUGAAUGCUCAGUACAGUUUACCGGAAGAUUUCACACGGUGUCGACAGAAAGAUGCCAAACUGAAUGAUUGUUUAAAGUCAGCUGUUCCCGACGCUCUUCGGAGGAUGAAAGAAGGUAUAUCAUCGCUGUCGGUGCCGCAGAUGGAGCCGCUCCACGUGUCCGGGAUCAACAUAGAAUCCGGUGCCGGCCCAGUGGUCAUCACGCAGAACUACAAGAAUAUCAAACUGCACGGCCUCACAGACUCCAUACUUACUACUUACAAAGCGGAUCUCAAAAACUACCGGUUAAGGACAGACUCUCUCACGCCUAAAAUGGAGUUCAUCGCCGACUAUGUUAUGAAAGGGAGGAUUCUUGUUCUACCCAUUCAAGGGAAGGGUAUUGCCAAUAUAACAAUGGUGAAUCUGGUGGUUAAACACGAUUUGAUAGGCGAGCCAGUCCAGCGCGACGGUCAGACGUAUAUGCACAUGAAGGACUACAAGGUCAAAUUCAUACCGGAGAAGGUUGUGUUACAUUUCUCCAAUCUAUUCAAUGGCGAUAAAAGGCUUGGAGAAAACAUGAACGCAUUUUUGAACGAGAACUCUGACUUGGUAUUCAAUGAACUAAAGGAAUCUUACGAGAAAGCUCUUAGCUCCGUGUUCCAAGAUGUCACAAACAAAAUAUUUGACAAAGUGCCAAUGAACAAAAUCUUCCCUGAAGAAUAAAUAGUUUAAAAAAACAGAUAGUCGGUAAUAGGUUUUUACAUUAGUAGGAAUAAGAUUAAGGAAGAAAGUUGUAUUUAUUAAAGCUGCUUUAAUUAGAUUCUUUAAUAAGAUUAAGUAAACAAUUUGAUAAAAACA